AUGACCAUGUUAUCUCUUCCAGUAAAAACCAAUACUAAAACCAAAGAGAAAGUAAAAGUCAAGCACCUCAAAGGUGGUCUCACGGAGACCAUCAUAGUAGACAAUACACGGACGAAAACCAAAAAGGACUCGAUCGAGGAUGACUACAAUCAGACGAAACACACUCUCAACGUGGACGGGCUUGAGGAAGCUGACAGUCUAACCACCAAGCAUAAGCAUGAGACGAAGGAAACUGACAGUUUGAAGGCUAAGAAGACUCACGUAAUUAUUACAGACAAAAACGGCAACGUGGUAUCCGAUACGACGAAAGAGAAAGUGAAAGAAAAGACGAAGAAGAAAGAGAAAGACCGUUCGUCGUCAAAGCUGGUACAUACGAAGAAACAGGUGGGCAUUCCGGAGGAUUGCGAGUCGCCGCCGGUCGAACCGGUGCCUAACUGUUCAUAA